GGUGCUGAAGAUCCGCUUGUCCCUGACCACCGAUUAGAUGACUCCGCAUUAGUCCAGAUCUUCAAUCUCCGAGAAUCAAGUCCAAACAAAAAAUCAUAUCUACCAUUCAUCAGGUUCAUCGUCGUCCACUUCCGGGACCACCGCGGGCUUAUCCUCCUUCUUCGACAUUUUGUUCAAUUGCUCUAACGUGAGCUGUAUAAGUCUGUGAGUUGUGUCUGAGAAAGAAUUGAUCUUGCUCCGUUCGGAGACCGACUCGCCGCAUUCGCGACGGCGACAGCGACAAUGACCGCAAGCACGCCCAACCUCACUGGCAAGAAGCUCAACGUUCUAGUUUACUCCGGCAAUGGCAGCACCGUCGAAUCCGUCCGACACUGCCUCUACACCCUCCGCCGCCUCCUCGCCCCGCACUAUGCCGUGAUCCCCGUGACCGCCGACAUGCUCAUCAAGGAGCCGUGGACACUAACCUGCGCCUUGCUGGUGAUACCCGGAGGAGCGGAUCUGGGGUACUGUCGAUCCCUCAAUGGCGCGGGCAACCGUCGGAUCGAGCAGUUUCGAUGCGAGUUCGAGGUCGGCGAUAAGACGAUGGAGGUGGUCGGGGAUCGGGAGCUGGCCUUUUUCCCUGGGAUAUGCCGCGGCGGUGCGUUUCCGGGAUUUGUGUACCACAGCGAGGUGGGCGCGCGCGCGGCCGACCUCAAGGUCUCCAAGGAUGUACUCCAAGCCGGUGUGGUGCCGGAGGGGUUCAAGUGCUAUUACAACGGCGGUGGUGUCUUUGUCGAUGCGCCCUUGUAUGCGGAUAAGGGCGUGGAGGUUUUGGCCAGCUACACGGAGGAAUUGAAUGUUGAUCCUGGCACCGGUGCGGCUGCUGUCGUCUACCGUAAGGUGGGCGAGGGAGCGGCCAUUCUGACCGGACCGCAUCCAGAGUACGGUUAUUCACGACGUUCAGAGGGCAAGUUCGCAGCGGUAAACCUGGACAAGAAAGCUGGGGGCGAGGAAUAUGCCAAGGUGGUGGAUGCGCUGGCGGCGGACGAUAAAGCUCGCACAGACUUUUUGAAGGCAUGUUUGUCCAAGUUGGGUCUGCAGGUCACUCAGAAUACCACGACUGUGCCGUCACUUUCGUCGUUGCACCUGUCGUCUCAAAAUCCGGCUGAUACUUCUCGCAUCCGAUCGUCGUUGCAAGAGAUGAUUACCACCGAGGGCGACGAAGAAUUCAUCAAAGAUGAAAACGAUACGUUUCGUCUGGACAAAUCUGGGACUUGGAGUAUGAGUUCAUUGGAAGAGUCUCUCCCCCAGUCUGAACAGGGUGCUAGCGAGGGCAUUGUUGAUUACAACGCAAUCAUCAAACCUUUGGUGAUCCACGACGAGCUUCCACCCUCAAAAGCGACUCCUUACUUCAAUCAUCAUGCAUUCUACGCCAAUCUCGAGCAGUACCAGUCACAGAUGCGGGAAGGUACUGGCUGUUUCGGUUCGACCAUCAUGUAUGGUGAGGUGGUUACUAGUACAAAUACGAUUCUGGAAAAGAAUCCCAAAUUACUCCGUAAACUGCCGCACGGAUUCACAGCGACAGCAACCACCCAGGUCGCAGGCCGAGGCCGAGGCUCCAAUGUCUGGGUUUCUCCGGCAGGAGCCCUGAUCUUUUCGACGGUGUUAAGGCACCCGGUCGACAAGAUCCAGUCUGCCCCGGUGGUUUUUAUUCAAUACCUGGCGGCAAUGGCGGUCGUCCGGGGCAUCAAGAGCUACGACGUGGGCUUUGAGAACAUGCCAGUCAAGCUCAAGUGGCCCAAUGACGUUUAUGCCUUGGACCCCGAAAACCCGGAUAAGAAGCACUAUACCAAAAUCUGCGGGAUCCUCAUCAACUCGCUCUUCUCCUCGAACGAAUACAUCGCCGUCGUGGGAAUCGGCAUCAACGCCACGAACGCCUCUCCAACCACCUCGCUAAAUGCACUAGCCGCUCGCUUUGUCUCCAAUAAAUCCGCUCCAAUCACACUCGAGAAACUCCUGGCCCGGUGCCUCACCACGUUCGAGGAGCUGUACACCCGCUUCCUGCGGACAGGCUUUGACCGGGAGUUUGAGACCAUGUACUACGACGACUGGCUGCACAUGCACCAGGUUGUCACAUUAGAGGAAGAAGGCGGAGCGCGAGCCCGGAUCAAGGGUAUUACUCGGGAUUAUGGGUUGCUGCUGGCGGAGGAGUUGGGCUGGGACGAUCGGCCUACGGGACGAGUGUGGCAGUUGCAGAGUGACAGCAACAGUUUUGAUUUCUUCCGAGGAUUGGUCAAGAGGAAGGUAUAGUCAGUCGCCGGUUUUGAUACAGUAUAUAUACCUCAAUAAAUUAGGUGAUGAUCAAGCCAAGAGCAGAUCAAGAUAAGCCGUGCCAAGGAGGCUUGUUUGUCUUAGACUCUGGGCAUUAUGGCGACUGUAGCCCGACUGGCAGCACCCGAGGGGCACUCAAGCAGAUAGCGGCCUCUUAGUGCAAUCACAAGACACUGUGAACUAUGAGGGAUUAAUGCACUGACAACAG